CCGACCCAGUCACAGCGAGGAUGGUGAAAACUACGGGAGUGGAGACGCUGCCUUCACCCGGAUAACACGGAAAAGCAGCCGCGAAACUCCCGCUGUAGCUCUGUUUUUAUUUAGCCCCCAACUCCAGCAGAGAGCUAUAUCAGGGGGAAAAAGGGAGGCAACCAGCGGCGGACGGAAGAGGACGCACCACAGCCAGAGCGCACAGUGUUGUGUUUGUUGGACACAUGCAUGCCAGCGAAAACUAGUGCAAUCCAGACCUGAGAAACUGGUGAAGAUAAGGAGACAGAGCAGUUUUGUGGGACUGUUUUUGAUAAUCCCGCCGAGGAGAGAUCCAAGGGGUUUCCUGCAUUGCUCUGGGGAUUUUCUACUUCUUUGCUCUGGGGGGAAUGCGAGGGGAGGAAAUCCAGCCUCAGCUCCAAAUAACCAGAGACUCCUAACUGGGUCUCCUCUCCAAACGCAGGAAAUACGGCCUGGGAAAAAAAGUUUGGGAGCUUUUGGAAAGGAGAGGGGGCCUAUCGCUGACGUUUUUGCACGCGUUUUACGACGUGAUUUUUAAGUAGCCUAUUACAUUUUUUUCUCUCUCUCGAGCGCUUCUCUUGUUAAACGGUUUAAAUUGCUGAAAGGCAUUCAAAUGUUUCUCUUCGUUGGUGUUGUUAUUGCAAGAGUUUUGAUCAUCACUAUUUAUAGACCAGCCUGUUCCGACCGAGGCUGUUCCUCAUAGCUGUAUAUUUUGCCAACUGCGCGCAACAAGUUGCAGACACUCCCAGCAGAGGCAAACCUACACUAAUUUGGGCCAGCGGAUGGUAUUUUCUGCGUUUCUCUUUUCGGAUUACGCGUCCCUGAAUAGCGCAUACCCCUCACCGACCCCCUCUUUGGGAAGCAGAGGGGGAAUAAACGGUGGAGAUCCGGAGAGGGAGUUCAGGAAAGGACGGGGCUGGAUCCGUGGGAAUAGGCCUGCCUGUCAGGCCUCUCAUGAUCUGGAUCUUGGACUGGACAGGGCUCCCAAAUAACUCAGUGUGGACUAUUUCCAUGGCCCCGCUGGAAUAAAGAUGGAAGGAGGACGUAUGGGAAUAAGAAAUGCAAAUCCUUAGCACACUGAGCCAUGCACGAGAAGGGAUGUAGUGGAAGGUAAAAGCUGCCUUAAUUAUAGAUCUCCCACUUUUUUAUUUAACGCAAUUAACAGUUUACCCACAUUAUUUUCGCACUAUUUUUAUGUAGGGUAAAAACAUUUACAGCAUACAAUGUGAAACAAGGCAAGAGUCUUAAGUGAGGACAGAUUAUUAUUAUUAUUUUUCAAUUUUCUUACAAUUUUGAUGCUUUAUGGCGAAAAAUUCAAACUGUCCACACAUUAUUUUAGCACUGCUAGCUGUUCAUAACAAGCUUUUGUUGCGUGUUUUUAAGAGAGGGAAAGGAGGCGUAAAUGGACCAUUUGUCGCGCAUGUUGUGGAGAUAAGAAGGACAGUGUAACUUUUGUAGCCACUUGCUGUGCACAACGCCAACUGUUGACAGCCUGUAUCUGCAUCUGCUCAUGCAAUGAAGCCCUGAACAUGAGAGCUGUUUUUCGAGGCAGGAAAAAAAAAGGGAAUGAAGAUAAAUCUGUGUAUUUUUCCUAAUCUGGCUUUGUAAUGUCAGCAGUAUCGAAAUAUUGCGCACAUCCACGGGAGGUCAUUUCCAGUCAUGUAACGUCAGGAGCGCUUUGAUGAAGGGAUAAGAAGAAAAAAAGGUUGCAUCACUAACCAGUCCUUUCCGAGAAGGAUGUUCAAUUCAGGAGGCAGAAAGAGUGAUGACAGUGUUUUUACCGCAGCUGGAGAGAAAGCCGGGCUCAAACCCAGAGCCUCUUUGGAGAAGGAUACAUGUAAUGUGAGUACUGACGCAAACCCGGGGUCGGAUAAUGAACUGCUCAAGAAACUGGAACGGCGCAUCUUGUGUGAGUGAGUGUGCAGGCUGCUGUGUGCGUAGCAAAGACGUCUGUGCCGUGCUCACCAUUCAUGCACUGUGAUUAUUCCAACAAACACCUUUUGCUCUCUCUCUCUCUGUCUGACCGCCUGUCACUCUCUCCCCGCCGCCUCCCCCCUCUUCUCUCCGUGCCACAUGUGCACACACGGUGCCCACGCACCGAGACUAAUUGUCUGAGCGCCAUCAGAAGAUAUUAAUAUUUCACACCUCUCCUUCACCCUCCCCGUUUUCCUCGUCACACCGGUCAAUAUGGCCACUCUGCAACAUCACCGGCAGCUUCUCAUGCAUGGCACGGAAGUGAGCUGCGAUUCCAGCGGGGAUGGCGCCGUGACCGUGCGGAUUACUAACAGCGCGCCACACGUGCAUCAACAUGAGCCACUGAAGGCUGCCAGCAGUGGAGCAGGAGCCGGAGGAGGAGCUGGAGGCUAUGGGGCCGUCAGUAAAACGAACCCUAACCUCCACAAAUACAGCAUCUCCUCCACCUGCAGCUCAGCAGACUCCAGACCGGCUGGGACCUCCACAUCCAGGGUGCAAAGAAAGGCACCACCUCUGUUUGAGCGCUCUGCUGCUCAGUGCUGGGACCCCAAAUUUGACUCCCUCAUCCUGGAAGAUGCGUGCCAAGAGAGGUGUUUUCCUCAGACACAGCGGCGCUUCCGAUAUGUCCUUUUCUACCUGGCGGUGGCAGCUGUACUCUGGGGGGUGUACUUUGGGGUCAAUAGUGACCGCUGCAACCCCGUGACCUUCCUCGCCCCUACAGCCUCCUUUUUAGUCAUCCUCGUGCUCCUCUUUUUGUUCACCUUAACCCAGCCCUACACGUGGCUGUACAACCAAACCUCCUUGUUUCUGAUUGCGGUCACUUUUGCCAUCACCUUAGCUCCACAGAUACAGACUGCUGGUUACACUGAGCUGGAGUGGGCAGGCGGAGGGAACGAGUCGUAUCGCUCACAAGACAAAGCAGCACCAGCUCCAACCCCUUGCAUCUCCCCCGUGGGCACCUUUUCGCUGUGCAUGGAGGUUCUCUUGUUGUUGUACAGCGUCCUCCAUGUCCGUCUGUAUGCCUCCGUGAUGCUGGGGUUCCUCUAUUCUAUAUUAUUCGAGGCAUUAGAAUGGUUGCCGUUGCUUCAAAGGAGUUAUGACACUACAGGGUUAGCGGGGUCAAGUUCAGAUUGGGAAGGAGACACCCUCCGCUGGCUGGGUCCGGCCAAAGCUCUGCUCCACUUGUGCGCCCACGUCAUAGGCAUCCACCUCUUCAUCAUGUCGGAGGUGCGUUCUCGCAGCACCUUUCUCAAAGUGGGCCAGGCCAUCAUGCAUGGCAAAGACUUGGAGGUGGAGAAGGCCUUGAAGGAGCGUAUGAUCCACUCAGUCAUGCCACGGCGAGUUGCAGAUGAGUUGAUGAAGCAAGGCGAUGAUGAGGGCGGUGGUGAAAACUCUGGCAAGCGUUAUUCCUCUGGUGCCUGCUCUGCCUCAGCCGUCUCAGUGGGUGGUGGAGGAAGCGGUGGAGCUUCACAAGCCCAAAGUGCCACAAGCGCCAAGAAUUACCCUUACAACAAUCACAAACGUAAGAAGACCUCCAUCCCCCGUGGGCAGAUCAUCUUCCGGCCUUUUAAUAUGAAACGAAUGGAGCCUGUCAGCAUUCUUUUUGCGGACAUUGUGGGUUUCACUCGAAUGUCUGCCAAUAAGUCAGCGCCAGCCUUGGUGGGCCUUCUCAAUGAUCUGUUUGGACGUUUUGACCGACUCUGUGAACUGACCUGUUGCGAGAAGAUCAGCACUCUGGGAGAUUGCUACUAUUGUGUAGCUGGCUGCCCUGAGCCCAGGCCGGAUCACGCCUACUGCUGCGUAGAGAUGGGCUUGGGCAUGAUCCAGGCCAUCGAGCAGUUCUGCCAUGAGACGUGUGAGACUGUCAGCAUGCGUGUAGGCGUCCACACGGGCACUGUCCUGUGUGGGAUCCUGGGAAUGAAGCGCUUCAAGUUUGACGUGUGGUCAAAUGAUGUCAAUCUGGCUAACUUGAUGGAGCAGCUUGGCGUGGCGGGGAAGGUCCACCUGUCAGAAGCUACUGCCCGAUUCCUGGAUGAUCACUACCAGAGGGAGGAUGGGCGGGUGGCGGAGAGAGCUGGACAAAGUGUGGUGGAGAAACUGAAAGGUUUGAAAACCUAUUUGAUCUCGGGAAGGAAAAUGGAGCUUGAUGUGCCAUGUGGCUGCUCUCAGAUGGGACUGUCGGGUGGAGAUUUUGUUGGGGUCAGCCUGUCCUCUUGUCCUCAGCCCCACACACCAGACCUCAUCCCUGGGGGGGCACAGGCUGCUGAGCCCCUGCUGCCCCACCAACCUCCAGACAGGAUCGGGCCUCCCUGUGUGUCCCGUAGUGUGGUCUUGUCUUCGGGGGCAGAGCAGGGUGACGAUGUGGCUGUGCUGAACGGCUGCCAGGAGGAGCACAAGACCAGUAGUGCCAAGUUCAUCCCAGGUCACAGCCCCAGGGCAGCCAACGGUCUCCUGAGUCCCCCGCUAGAGGACCCAGUGCGAGCCAGCCAGAGCUCCCUGUGCGACAUGCUCCAGGAGAAAGAGAAAAAGACCAGCACCAGCACAGGGACUGGCACCAGUCUAGGCAUGGCUGGCGCCGCAGGGGCAGCGGGUACGGGAAUGGACCACUCCGCCUUGAUCCAGCUGCGUGCCAAGAACUUCAGAGAAAAGAGUGACGCCCACUUUGUGGAUGUUAUCAGGGAGGACAGUCUGAUGAAGGACUACUUUUUCAAGCCACCAAUCAACAAGAUCAGCCUCAAUUUCCUAGAGAGACCUCUGGAGAAGGCUUACCGCAGCAGCUACAAGGAGGAGCUGAAGAACCAGAUGCAGGUGCAGACAUUUGCAAGCUCCACCUUCAGUUCCUUCCUGGAUGUUCUCCUCAGCUGUUUUGUCUUCUUGGCCCUGACACUGGCCUGCUUCCUUCCACCUCUGGUGAGCCCGGCCACAGUGGGCUGUCCGGCUCCUGCUGCCCUGGCGCUGGCUCCCCUGGCCGGCCUGUUGGAGCUGGCCUCCCUGGUGCUGUCUGUACGUAUGGCCUUCUACCUGGAGGAGGUGAUGAACUGUACCCGCACCCUGCUCCUGAUGGUCUCUGGAUGGGUCCCCCGUCAUGUGAUUGGAGCUGUGUUAGUGUCCCUCCCUGCUGUCUCUGUCUUGUCCCACCUCACCUGCAGCGUCCGUUUGCCCCUCCAGGUGACCAUGUUCUUGUGCUGCGCCACCAUCCUGGCCAUUAUCCAGUAUUGUAACUUCUGUCAGCUGAGUUUUUGGAUGCGCUCAGUCCUGGCCACUGCUACAGGCGUUACCCUGCUGCUGCUGCUGUACAGUCCCUUGCACAGGUACAGCUCGGAUAAUAACAGCUUGCCAGUUCAUAGACUGAACAUCUCCACAUCCAGCGUUGGUGGUUCAGUCACUCCUGGCCCUGAACUUCACCCGCGACUUCUCGACUUUCUGGUCCCAGAGGCUGUCCUGGCCUUUUUCCUGCUUCUUCUCCUGGUCUGGUUCCUCAACCGUGAGUUCGAGGUCAGCUACCGCCUCCAUUACCACGGCAAUGUUGAGGCUGACAAACACCGCUCCAAGAUCCAGACGAUGCGAGACCAGGCUGAGUGGUUACUGGGCAACAUCAUCCCCAUCCAUGUGGCUGACCAGCUCAAGGUGACGCAGAGCUACUCCAAGAACCACGACAGUGUGGGCGUGAUCUUUGCUAGUAUCGUAAACUUCAGUGAGUUCUAUGAAGAGAGCUACGAGGGUGGGAAAGAGUGCUACCGGGUCCUCAAUGAGCUGAUUGGAGACUUUGAUGAGCUCCUUCGCAAACCUGAAUUCAAAAGCGUGGAAAAGAUCAAGACAAUCGGUGCCACCUACAUGGCAGCAUCUGGACUGAACGUCAAGCAGUUGGAGGAGAAUGACGAUGACUCUCUGCACUCUCACCUGAAGGCACUUUUUAACUUUGCCCUGGAGAUGAUGGGCGUCCUGGACGACUUCAACAAGAACAUGUUGGGUUUUGGUUUCAAGCUCCGUAUUGGAUUUAACCAUGGGCCGCUGACGGCGGGCGUGAUCGGCACCACUAAGCUGCUCUACGACAUCUGGGGAGACACGGUCAACAUCGCCAGCCGCAUGGACUCCACCGGGGUGGAGUGUCGAGUGCAGGUGAGCGAGGAGAGCCAUGCUGUGCUCAGCGCCAUGGGCUUAGAGUUUGACUACAGAGGUACAGUGAAUGUUAAGGGCAAAGGUCAAAUGAGGACCUUUCUGUACCCCAAAAGUGGGGAAAGUAUAUAUCAAGAGCGAACGGAGCUGGGCGCCAGCGUCGGACCCUCAUCCAUGGCAUCAACAGCCAAUAAGACUUCAGGAUCUGUUGUCCAGGCAGCAGCUCUUCCUCCCUCUUCCUCCCUCUCAACUCCUCCUCCCCCCUCUCCUUCCACACUCCCUCCUCAACCACAAAGCGCUGUAAGGCCCUCAAGAGCAGGGCCUGAGCCUGCCCAUGCUAAGUCCACAGAGGUGAGGGAGGAGGGAUAUAGGGACCCUCCACAACUCCCCGCACAGCUCCCUGCCACAGACCCUCCCCACCCUGAACUGGGCCCAGAGCCUAGUGCUGCACAAGUGCCCUCCCAGGUGCAGCCUGCUCCUCUCGCACUCCAAGAGGAGGAGGACGAAGAGGCGGAGGCCAACGAGCUAACAAACCUCAAUGAGGAGUUUUAUGCUCGUCUCUGAUCCCUCCUCUCUCCUCUUCCCCUGUCUCCUGCUGCCUCCAGCUGCUGACUCUCCAGGACCGAUUGCAGGUGUGGGCAGGAUGCUCCUUCCUUUAAGCGUGAGUGAAGUGUCUUCAGCACAGAUGAAGAAGGAGGAGUUUGGCGCUCCAACACAAACAGUGGCUACAGUGGCUAUAAAAAAAGGCCACUAACGUCUUUAAUGUUGCCUGAGUGCUGGGGUGGGUUAGACCUGUGUUGAGCACAGCAGUGUUUCGGGGAGAAGGCUGAAAGGGGCUCAGAGGAAAGGAAGUUUUGUUGGUGUUUUUUUCUUAUUCAUUUUUGUUAUUAAGUGCCUUCAGGACUAGAACAGUGAACGAACAAAUAUGAAUACUGAACAAACAAUCUUAGACUACGGAACAUGCUGUGGUUUCUUACUCCAUGCUUUUAUUUUCAAUGCAAGUAUUUCUUAAAAACAAUCAUUAUUGUUGUGCCAUAUCAUUUGUUUUAACUUGAUCAAAGUCUUGACCUUACUUAAGGGAAAAUUAUUUUAGAUUCUAUAUAAGUGCCAGUGCAGCAUGAUGGGCUGAGCAGGGAACUAUGGGAAGAAUGAGGGAAUCACAUGAAGCAGUGUUAAUUUAUGUAUUCUGCUUUGACAUGAGGGCUUAAUACAGUAUUCAUUUGUGCCAGAGUCUCAUUAAAAGGGGACAUGCUACAGAGCAGGCUGCGUAGAUUUUAGCUUGUGUAGCGGCUAAAUGCACAUUUUAAGCACAGGUCUUGCACAGUGUUUUCUCGACCACUUGUAUUUGGUAGUUUUUACCGUGAAAUUGCUUUUAAAACAGAGUUCUUGUCUGUCGCAAUGAGUACAAUCACAAAAAAGCACAAAAUCAAAUCAGAUAAGGGAAUAUAGAUUCUGAGGAAAUGGUGGUUUUAAAAAGUGAGAUCAUCACAAAAGCAGCAAGGCACUUUAAAUAUACUUGAAGUGAUACUCCACUCAUGUUGUCUAUUGAGUAUGAAACACUUGCCCCUUUUAGACCUAAAAAGACGGGUGUAAGAAAAGGUUGUAGUUUGAUUCUAAAUGGCAGAACUGAACUGAUGUUGGAUUACACAGAAACGUCUCAAACCAAUCGACUUUUCUGCUGUCCAUCUGUAUUUACACUCAGUUUGUUUCAGUCGUGUUACGAAUAACUUAAAUCUCACGCUGCGUCUGAAAUGUAUAACUUACCCAGUAUGUGCAGUAUCGUUCGACAUAGAUUUAAUAGUAUCUUUUUUGAUUUAAUGAGCUGCAAUCACCGCUGACUUCCUGAGAGCCUCCUAGCUGGUUGGAGACAUGCAACAGUGUUAAUCCAGUCCAACCCAUGCCAACCUCACAUCUACUAGCAAUUAAAAAGGAAUUAAAAAAUAUGAAUAUUACGCCUGUCUUUUAUUUACACAUAAAUUGAAGCGUUACUGACGUAACAAAGCUGCCUUGUUGGCUGUCCACCAUAGUCUGUUAUGAUGCGGUUUACUAACAAUUGCUUUCAUACUAAGUUUCAGACAUACCAAAAAAGUCUCACAUAGUGUUUUAGCGUAUUAAAUAGCAUGUUAGCAUGGAGUCUUGGAUACAUCCUCAGUCUUCUUGCAUAACCUGGUCUGUCUUUUCAUUGGUCCGAACAACUCCUAAGGAGCUCACUCACAGGCUACACUGAAAGCUGCUGUGCUGAGUAAAAAAAAACAACUACAGACUUGUUGCACAUAUCUACCUUUACCUAGAGAUAUUUCAUUUUUUUGUUAAAAAAAGAAAAAGAAAACACACAUACAUGAAACGACCAAAACCAACAGUGUGUUGGUACAUUCUGACUUCUGUACUCUCUCUGGUGCUCUCAGCCACAAUCCCAACAGCGGGGCACUGUAGUCUUUUUUUAAAGCUUUUUGAGAAUUCAAUGCCUUUAUUCUUUACUGAAGACAGUUAAGGAAUGACUGGAAAGGAGAGUGAGAGAGAGAGAGAGAGAGAGAGAGGUGGGAAAUAAAUCCAACAAAGGUCUUGAGCCAUGCACUAACUGGGGGAUCAAAUAGUUCAAGGUCACGUCAAAGUGGUGUUUAUGUGCUCCGUGGAUGGUCCUAUUUCACAAGUAAGUUGUAAUGUAGAACAACAUUGAUGUUAUAAAGAAGAUGUGUUUUAAUUUAUUGCUCAAAGCACUUAAACAAAACAUUAAUGACAGUUUAAGGCUUUAUAUUACAAUGUGAUUUUGUUCCAGACUUAUUGCAACACCAGUACAUCCCCAAAAACGUCUAAAAUAUUGCUUUACCUGACUAAUGUUAAUAAGUAACGUUUCUAACAUAUCUAGGUUUCUCAACGUGGACAGCAAUUACAUCUUAGGAUCAUAUUAUAAAUUAUAAAAAAAUUAUCUGAAUUAAUUAAAAGCUUAUUACCAAUCAAACAUUUACUUUCUCCACCAUGUUUCUGCAGAAAUGACAUCAACUUGUGUACCAGAAUUUUCACAGACUUUUCGUUUGUUCAACCUCUAGACCAACACUGCUACCCUGGGCACUUUAGUUUUAUCAAAUGUUUCUCAAACAGGAGUAAAUAAUGCAUUUGCUGGGCACUGUUUACGUCAAUGAGCAUGUAGAGCAGCAGAACGAUGUAUGUGAGAGUGCUUCAUAAUUAAACUACAGAGCCCAUGAUUCUUGUAAAGAGGGAACAUUUUGUCCAGUGCACCGAUGGGGCUCAUUAAUGUAUUAGUUUUUAUGCGACAGCGGAGGCAUGGAGAAAGAAGAUAUAUCAAACUUUGGUAUCAUUCACUGUUGGUUUUGGUCUUUUUAUGAAAUAUGGUAACGAUAACAGAUUUAUACCAGGCUAUUCUUUAACACCUACAGUUGGGUGAGAGUUUGAUUCUCAAAAGACUUUUAGUGGAGGAUCACUUGAAGUGUGACUGUGAGGGACAAUCACUGUGUAGUUAUGAUAGAUGGUAGGGUGGUUCACAUUACUGUUGUUUUCAGUGUCAAAGCACAGAUCAAAAACAGUACUGUGUUUAAAACCUAACACAUAAAUUUAGCUCCAUUGGUUGCCUUCAUCGCCGGAAGAAAAAAACAAAUAUUGGUCAGUCCAUCACUAUAGAGUUGUUCAGUAGUUAAGUGUUGUCUGCCUUUAGCUGUGUGAUUUACUGUCGAAGGGUUGGGACUUUUUACAGCCUUUAUACGGAGGGGGGCCCUCUACUGUAUUGAUAUACUUAACUUGUGCCACUUAAUUGAGUGAUCUAUAGGUGCAGUGCAACCUAAACUAGCUGAUUGUUUUGUGGUGCCUAAAAAGUAUGACUGUAUUUUUCUUGAGUAUUUUGGUUUUCAGAAAGAUUUUUCUAUCAUGCUGUUUUCAUAAUAAGGAUAGAUUAUGAUUGUAUGUUUGAGGAAAUUAUGCUCAUUGUGCAGGUUUUGCUGCAAUUAUUUUUGAGAAAUUCCAUCUUUUUUUUUUUUUUUUUAAGCUUUCUUUCCAGUUCCUUCAUUCAGUCAUUAACUGGUCACUGGAAUAGUGUGGUGGUAUUCUCAUCGAAUAGCAGGCCCCUCUGUAGUCUCUUUCCUCUUUACACACUUAAUGCUUUUGUCUUUACUCUUUUACGCACUUGUUUCCCCCUUGUUCUUUGCCUGUGAAUGUAUGUGUGUGAGAAAGAUAUUUAAUUUCUACUCCAAGUCAAUAACACAGAAGAGAUCACUGUAAUAUGAUGCAAAAGGAAAUCAAAUCAUCUACGUGGCCACUGGUGAACUGUUUAUUUUGCUGUUGCCGCCUUAUUUCUAGAGGAUCUGCACACGCAAAGCUGCAUUCUUUAAAAUGGAGAAGAGAAAACCCUGCAGUUUUGAAUCUGUGUCCUGCAAACACAUAUCACUGCGCCAUAUUUUAGAGUAACAGUUGGGCUAAAUAGUCUUGCCUUGAGAAAAUAUGAAAACAAAUCGAGUUACAGAGAUGACAUUAAAAAUGAGGAACCAUCUCUGUUUAUGUAGCCAUCUCCAUCUGUAGCAUAAAAAGCAUAUUUGUUUACCUCUGCCAUUGUGCACUCCAAACAUACCCGACCAGUGCCUUUUGAAUUAGAACAUAUUUAAUCAGCAUGUGCGAGCUGUGAUUAUUUGCAUCAAAUAAUCACGAUAAUGUUAGUAGCAUAAAUAUCCUGAAAAUCCAAAGAGGUUUCUCCAAAAUCUGUGACUCGAGAUUCAGACAGAGAAAUAAUUUGUUGGCUAAUUUUUUUCUAAUUGCUUGUAGAAUAAAGCAGAUUCUCAACUAGGGCUGUACCAAAUAGCUAGAAGCUUUGUUCAUAACGUUGAUUCCUAUUAUUUCUACACAGUUGCGGAUAAAGAUUAGACCACCAUAAUGUUAUUAGUAUGUUAGUAUUUGUAUAAUUUAUUCCAGUGAAGACAGCUGGGAUUGGCUCCAGCCCCCCCCCGCGACCCUUACAAGGACAAGCGGUUACAGAAAAUGACUGACUGACUAUUCCAGUGAAGGCUGAGUAGGAUUGUUUCCAACUUGUGUGAACCAAACAUUUCCAGUAACUCCAGAGCGUUAAGUCCAAAAGUUAAAAUUCACUGUAAAAAAGCUUUUCACUGUGGUCAAAAAAAGGUUUGAUCUCCUAAUGGUAGUGGUGUAGCAGCGUUCUAAAAGCACCAUAAAUGGCAUUUAUUCUUUAAAGCAGAAAGAGUCUCUCAACUCUUUCUGUCCCAAAGAAAGCUCAUGCCCUCCCACUCCACAAUUUCUUCUUUCAAAAAUCAAUUAUUAAUAAUAAUUGGGAAAGCAACUAAUAAAAAGGGAUCCGGUAAAGUUCAGCAUGAUAGCAUCAUAAACACUUGUUUGUUUAUAUUUCCUGCACAAAUCAUAUACGAUUAACUUUGAUUCACUCCAUAUUUUUCCCCUGGUCAUGCGCACCCCACCGGCAGGAGCGCCUGAACCUAAGUUUGACAUCCACCACAUGAAAGAAAGUUAAUUUGAUUUGAGAAAAACAACAAAAAACAAGACUGACUCAUUUAAUCCGAUGAAUCAGUUUAUUCAAAUUAAGGAUUUAAAAAAAAAGUUUUUUGUAUUAUUUUUUUCUUAGGAUAAAAUAUGGCAACUGACAUUUGAAGCUUCAUUAAAAAUCUUCAAAAAUCACUCGGUACAGCCCUAUUCUCAAUAUGCUUUAAAUUUGCCAAACCUAAUAAGCCCUGUGAGCAAAGUUAUGAAAAGGGAAAUAUCAAAUAUAAGAUUUUAUUAAAAAAAAAAAAGCUCUUGUUUUCCCCUUACAUUUCCCAGAUUACCCUCUGCCUGUUAGAAUAAUCCUUGUUGAUUUUCAGGCUGUGUCGCUGUCGCCCCAGCAUGCACAGCAGUGUCAAAAAACAGCCAAAGUAGAUCUAAAGGUGUGGGGCUCCACAGGUUGAUGGGCACACCACCUUUCCAGCAGUGCACAUCUGUACACACAUAUAAAUAAAAUAUUAAAGUGAACCCUGCUGGCUCUGUGAUCUGUGAAACAGUGGUGGUGGUGUGUGUGUGUGUGUGUGUGUGUGUGUGUGUAUAUAUCUUGUUUGCAUGUGAGUGAAUGAGCAGGUUUCUUCUUUGCUUUGCCAGACACUUUAUUUUAGUUUGAUUCUGCAUCAUACUAUCAUCCUUUGUUGGAAUUUCAUUUCAGUAUCAUUCUUUCCACAAUUAUGUUGAAUAUUAAGCAUGUAUUUCCAACAUGCAGGGUCGUUCAAGAUCACUAGGCUUUGCUCUUUUAAGGUUACUUGGAUUGUGUCCUUCUCUGACAGUGUAUUGAUAGAUGGUGUGUGUAUGACAGGGUUUGUGUUAGUUUUGGCAGAGGGAAAGAAGUGUUCCCAGUUAAAAAAUGCAAUCAAAGAAACAGCCAAGUGCAUUGAGGAGAUUCAGUCAUCCAUUUAUUUUUUUUGAAGAAGUUUCAUUCUGCUUUGUGACACAAAAAUAAGGGAGAGCAUCAACGGCAGAGUGUUUUAUUAAUGCUCGUUAAAAUCAUCACAGCAAAAUAUACAUUUUCUAGUAAAUUCAACCCAUAUGUGUUUAAAAUUACACUGGGACAAACAUUAGACAGACUUGUUUGAUUUCAAAUCUUUGUGUAUUUGUUUUAUGUUCAUGAAUGAGAUGUAUUAUGUAUGUUUUGUGCACAUUACCCAUGUAUCAUUUAUCAACACAUGAUCGUAAUCUGUACACAUUUGCACAAAGCACUCAGUGUUUGUACAUA